AUGAAUAAAGCAACUCGAACAACUAGUCUCAGAUAGCACAAACUAACUUUUUUAAAAGACAAUAAUAAUAGCUUAUAAUUAUAGACCAGGUCGUAAAGCUUUAAAUAAAACAUAAGCAUUUCUCCUGAUAAGAAAUCAUAAAUAUCUCCAACAAAAUAAAAUAGUGUAUUUCUGAAUGGAUAAUUACUUGUAUAUAAAUAUGUAAAUAUAAGACCCGACCAAGAUCAAAAUAUAAUUAAUAAGCCAAUUUGUCUACUACUAAAUUACAAGAUUCCUAAAAAAUGUUUCUUAUUCAACAAGCACAAUAAUAAUAGGCUUAGUAGCAAAGGUCUGAACAAAGUCCUGCAUUACAUCGAAAACAAUAGAGUGACAAAGUAUUAAAGUAUGACUUACCAAAAAUAUCUCCAAUCAAAGCAAGAAUUCCAAUUAAAUAGUUACAAUCCGAUAUGAAUCAGCUGGACUUAUUUAAAAGAGAACAAAUCAAACAAAAUCUAAUAAAAAGUGCGUAUACAAAAUCUCAGGCUGGUAAAAAUGAAGAUAAUUUAACAAAAACAAAUCAAGAUAGCUUCAUCUCUCUUUAAUCUUUUAAAGAUAACAUGUCCUUAUUUGGUGUUUGUGAUGGUCAUGGACAAGAAGGUCAUAAAUGCAGUCAAUUCAUUCGAGAUAAUUUGCCUAAGAAUAUCAGUUCUCAGCUGUCUCAGAGUCCCUCAUCUAUUACAGAAUCCAUCUCAAAGUCUUUCAUUAGAACAAACUCCUAAUUAUGUAAUGCGGAAGAAAUAAUAACUACCUUUAGUGGUUCCACUACUGUAAUCAGUUUAAUCGUUGAUGACACCAUCUAUACAGCCAAUGUUGGAGAUUCCAGAUCAAUCAUAUGCAGAUUACAAAGCAAUGGAGUUAAAACUGCUAUUUCAUUGUCAAAUGAUCAUAAACCAGACUUACCUUAAGAGAGGAGAAGAAUUGAAUAGAGUGGAGGGAGAGUGGAACCCUACAUUGACUUCGAUGGAUCUAGUUUAGGUCCAUCAAGAGUUUGGUUAAAAUCAGAGGAUAUUCCAGGAUUGGCUAUGAGUAGAAGUUUCGGUGAUAAAGUUGCAGCAAGUUGUGGUGUUAUUUGUGAACCAGGUAAUUAUAAGCUAUUUUCUGUUUAGAAAUUUUAACUCACAAGAUUCAGGAAGGAGAUCUUUUUAUGGUUCUGGCAUCGGAUGGAGUUUGGGAAUUCCUAAGCAAUGAAUAAGUAUAAUAAAAUAUUAAUUAAGGUGAUAGAUAUGAUAUAUCCAUACUAUGUCCAAGAUGAAGGAAAUGCUGCAUGUGUUCGAAUUGUAAAAGAAUCUAUUAAAUUAUGGAAAUUAAAUGAUACAGUAAUAGAUGAUAUUACUAUUGUUAUUGUAUUCUUUAACAAAUAAAAAUGA